GCUUGGACUACAGUAAUUGAAUUUUACAGGAUGUAAACAACUCCCAUGUAAACUUUCUUUCAGAUGUUGUAAAAGUUGUAUAGUAUCCUGAAAAGAGAGCGUAUAACUCGAAGAUGUUUCGAAGAAAAGGAACUGUAGAAGUAGAAGUUGCUCGGGAGAAUGAGGUAAAGAUUGGUAUAACACAAGAAUUGUCUACAGCGCUUAAGAUGGUGCAGAAAGAGAAUGUUGGAACAGAAGAUCAGACUGUUUAUAGCACAGACACAGCUAAUAAUGUAUGUAGCUGUAUUGAAGCUAUAUUUCUACAUGGACUCAAAUCUAAGGCAGUCACAAAGAUUGCCAGUUAUGUUGGUCUAGGACAGGAAGCAACUUCACAGCCAAGCCUGAACUUUUGGAAUUUUGUAUCUCGUUUUACACAUGGGGAAGUGAUAGCUCAACUAAAGCAUCUGGGACAAAUAACUACAGAGAUAGGACUUUGUCGGGCUUGGGUGCGUGUGGCUCUCAAUGAUGGCAUUAUGGAGAGCUAUAUUGAUGCCAUGGUAUCUGACACAAAAAAUCUGAAAUAUUUUUACGAGAGCACAGCUUUUUUGAGGGACAGAGAGCAGCCAGGCAUUUUGAAAUCUUACCUCCAAGGUUUGAUGAACUUUGAAUUCAAGUUGUCAUACAAUGCAAGUGUGUUGAAUGAAUGGUCAUAUGCCCCACUGUUGUUAGCAGGAAUCAUAAGUAGUAAGGAUGCUCCUCCUCCUGUCAUCAAACCAGCAGGACCAAAGCCUAAACCUUCAAAAUACAGUCAUCAAGAAAAAGAUUCUGAAACAGUUGUUGAAGUUAUACAAAAUAAAUCAAGGUCAGGUGAGAUUAGUAUCAACUUGGACAUCGGAGAUUCCCCAUAUAACCCUAUGGAACAGCCUAAAUUUGGACGCCCAUUUGAUUCCAGCUACUAUGUUUCAUCUUCAGAAUUUACUUCAAAAGAUGUUGAAGAGUUAAAAAGCAUAUCAAGGAAUGUGAAAAGGCCCAUGUCCGAUUGCUCCAGUUCUAGUCAUAUGUCUGCACCAGAUCUUCCUCACAUGAACCUUAGCCCUGCAGCUUACGUUGAAAAGUAUGGUCUGCAAACAGCGUCACCUUCUUCUUGCAAAACUCCUGAAAGUGAGGAAAUAUUAAGACAAGAGGAAAGUAUUAUUACUCAGAAAAUAGAUGAAACUAAUGCAGUAAACUAUACUGAUAGUGAAAACUUUGGUGAAGAAGAAAUUGAGAAAGAUUUCGCUUUAUCUAACUUUAAAGAGGAUAUGAAAGAAAAUAGCAUUACACAAAAUCAUGAUUUAGAAGAAAGUUCAGAAGAGUUCUAUAAAAGUCCAGUGAAGAAGUGUCAAAAUGAAAAACAUGUUUUUGGGAGACUUAAGAGAUUAGAUUCAAUAAACAGAGAAGCUAAAGAAGAAGCCAUUUUGAACAGUUAUUUAGAUACAGAAAUUAUUCCACAUACAGAACAGAUACCUGAAGAGCCAGACAAAUUAAAUAAGGUUGAUGUGAUAACUGUUGAAAAACUAGAGAGUUUGGCAGAUAAAAUUGCCAUUCCAGAAGAUGUUGCAAAUGUUACAGACAAAGGGGACAGUCCAAAUAAUGGUAUUGAUAAUGAUACAAAUAAUGACACUUUAAGUGAUGAUAUGAAUGGAAUGAGUACAGCAGAAACUAAUGAAUUACUGGAUGCAUCACAAAAAUUGCUUAAUGAGCUAGGAAUAGAAAACCAGUGUGAUAUUAAGGAUGUGAAGCCAGAAAUUACUGAAGAGAGAUACAGUGUGAAAGAAAUGUUGAAGUCUAAAAAUAAAACAAAGAAACAUUUAGAAUCUGAUAGAUUAAAACCACAGCUAAGCCUUAGUCCUCCAAAAUCUGACAUUGUUGUAGCAGACCUUUCUGAUGCUGUAGCAAUCAAAGUUGAUCAGAUAAGGACAUUGGAUAAUCCAGAAUAUUUAUCAAAGCAUCGUCUUUCCUUACCAAAUACAGCAAGUGUUAGUAAAACUGAUAAAUAUGAACCUAGAAAAUCCUUACCUGAUGUACUUGAAUAUAACAGUGAAAAUGAUGAAGAGGUAGAAUACAGUAUAGAGGAUCAUUUAUAUGAUGGUAUGCCACUAAAUGAAGGUACUGAUGGCUUGUCCAGGGUACCAGGUGUAUAUGACCAGACUAUAGAGGACAGAAGUGUGGGAAAAUUGGGAAGUAGGGAAGAAAUGGAAGAUGAAAAGAAAGUUUUUAAUCCACCAGAAGGUGCACUAAAAAGGCUGAAUGAUAAACGAAACAGUGUUGGUAACAACUUGAUGAUGACAGGAAGAGGCUGGUCAUCCUCGUUUGACAGUGAAGCUGGUGAUAUAUUGGAAGCAUUCUCCCAACCACAAACAACUAUGUCUAUGCCAAUAACUAGAGAGAAAUCUGAAAGUUUUGGUAGUCUUCUACAGAACUAUACUCCAGCUAGUUCACUGUCGCCGAAGUCUGUUGAUGAUAUCCUUAGUAACUUUCCAAGAAGAAAAGACACAGUGUACUCUCCACAGCACUGUAGCUCUCCACUAAAUCAGGGCACAGACCAGCUGGAAGGAUUUGAAGUAGUAACCAGUAAUUCUACAGAUCCUGAUCUUAAUGACAUGUCACAGUUUUCAAGUAUUGCCAAUGAGAAAGGACUAGAUGCUCAAAACUUUCAGUGUAAAGGCUGCUCACGUGCUAUUGGCCUCAGCUUGGCAUCAUGCAGGGAGUAAAAGAAACUAGAGGAAAUAUCCUCCUGGUUCCAGAUCUGACCAGGAUACCUUUUCACAAAAAGCUUGUACAAAUAGCAGAACAAAGGAAACUGUCUGGCAAAAAAGGGACAUCACAUAAGCUUAAGAGAGUGUUAGUAGAAGAAUACACAUCAGCCAAACAUACAAAACAAAGUAAACCAAAAACAAUUCUGAAGGCGAAACAAACAAAUAACUGAGACAAAUACGCGUAUCACAACAGUCAAACUGAUAUACUAAAAUGGAGAACUAUAGAAGAUUGUGAAUUCUUUUACCAACUACAUGUAUAUCCAGCUAAAAGUGUGCUUUGAUGGCCUCUUGAGGGCCAGUGACAGAUAAACUAUUUUAAGUGGUGAUGUUUUUUCAAUGUAAACACAUUUAUCAAAUUUUAUAUAUAAAAUAACAUUUAUCAUUUUCUAUCGAGAGAAACUACUACAUUAGAUUAAACCUACAAGUGUAUAAGUGGGACAAAUAAUAAAACACCUUUAAUCUAACAGGCCUUUUUCUGGUCAUUUUGGGAAUGCCAGCAACACCAGCACAAUUGGGAAAAAUUUAAAACCUCUGUAAUUUGUCUUAAUUGGGAAUAAGGCCAUAAUAAAUUUAUUCCUAGAUUAUCAUCCAAAUUUUGUUUAAAAAGGGGGUGGGGGGAGAAUUUUAUUUUUUAUUUUUAAAACAACUGUACGCAGGGGUUCCAUUUGACCCGGACUUGGGAUUUUAACUCUUGAAAUAAGCAAAAGUGUACAUACAGACUCCUAGGAUUUCAGCUGAAGGGUCCUUUUCAUCAACAUGAGAUUUAUUAUGUCUCCCCCCCCCAACUCUGCGGGAGACAUAUUGUUUUUUCCCUGUCCGUCCGUACGUCACACUUCAUUUCCGAGCAAUAACUGGAGAACCAUUUGACCUAGAACCUUCAAACUUCAUAGGUUGAUAGGGCUUAUGGAGGAGAUGACCCCUAUUGUUUUUGGGGUCACUCCAUCAAAGGUCAAGGUCACAGGGGCCUGAACAUGGAAAACCAUUUCCGAUCAAUAACUCGAGAACGACUUGACCCAGAAUGUUGAAACUUCAUAGGAUGAUUGGUCAUGCAAAGUAGAUGACCCUUAUUUGAUUUUGGGGUCACUCCAUCGAAGGUCAAGGUCACAGGGGCCUGAACAUUGAAAACCAUUUCCGGUCAGUAACUUGAGAACCACUUGACCCAGAAUGUUGAAACUUAAUAGAAUGAUUGGUCAUGCAGAGUAGAUGACCCCUAUCGAUUUUGGGGUCACUCUAUUAAAGGUCAAGGUCACAGGGGCCUGAACAUCGAAAACUGUUUCCGAUCAAUAACUUGAGAACCUUUCGACCCAGAAUGUUGAAACUUCAUAGGAUGAUUGUUCCUGCAGAGUAAAUGACCCCUAUUUGUUUUUGGGGUCACUCCUUUAAAGGUCAAGGUCACAGGGGCCUGAACGUUGAUAACCAUUUCCGAUCAAUAACUUGAGAACCUCUUGACCCAGAAUGUUGAAACUUCAUAGGAUGAUUGAACAUGCAGAGUAGAUUACCCCUAUUGAUUUUUGGGUCAGUCUAUUAAAGGUCAAGGUCACAGGGGCCUGGUCAUGUAAAAUCAUUUCCGGAAAAUAACUUGAGAACCACUUGACCUAGAAUGUUGAAACUUAAUAGGAUGAUUGGACAUGCAGAGUAGACGACCCCUAUUUAUUUUGGGGUCACUUGAUCAAAGGUCAGGGUCACAGGAGCCUGAACAGUGACUUGAGAACCACUAGGCCAAGAGUGUUGAAACUUAGUGGGAUGACUAGACAUGCCAAGUAGAUGAUCCCUAUUGCAGCCAACCAUCAGUGUCUCUUUGACUUUCGCUCCUGACCCCUUUUGACUUCUUGCCUAUAGCACUUUGCAUUGGGGGAGACAUGCGCUUUUUUACAAAAGCAAUUUCUAGUUUCAGUUUAAACUCACAAAAUCAAGCCUUAUAUAUCCAAAAUGACAGCUAUUUAUACAUAAAUCGAACCCCUGAGUACAAGUCAAGACAAACAGCAAAAACAGAAUAAAUUAAAAACAAACUUGCAUAGACUUUCUUUUUUACUCUCAUAUUACAUUUAUCAACAACUCAACAUUUUAUUUAGGAGCUGGAUCGACCUGCGUUUUUGAUGAACCAACUUUGUUUUCUCGAAAAUAAAACUAGUAAAAUAUU